UGCAUGCUGGGAGCCGCGCGUCCUGCGCAAAGGGUUUUUUUUCCCCCCAAGCUCUGGUUUCCUGGUGACGCUGUCCGGAGUUAACGUCAACGCUUACGAUCCCUCCUAACGUCCUGCUGAUGGUUGGGCCCCAAGCGGCCAGCGAUCCUCCAGAAAAGGCAUCUUGAGGAGGAAGAAUUAUCACACCUUUUAAGAUCAAGGUUCCUAUCUGGACUUCUCUGGAUUUUGUGUCUCCAGUAAAGGAAACCCCAAGAGUUCUGAUCAGACCUUGAAGUCUAAAACUAUGGCCCGCGGUUUGGUGACGUUCUCAGAUGUAGCCAUAGACUUCUCUCAGGAGGAGUGGGCGUGUCUGGACUCCACGCAGCGGGACCUGUACUGGGAUGUGAUGCUGGAGAAUUACAGUAACCUGGUCUCGCUGGAUUUGGAAUCACCAUAUGAGACCAAGCGUUUACCUACACACAAGGGCAUUUAUGAGAUAAAUUUUUCCAAACGGAACUCAAAUGGAAAAACUAAAUCCCUUGGCCUUGCCUGGAUGUCUGAAGGUGAGUUUGAAGGACCACAGGCCCCUCAAAAGGGAUAUUUCAAUCAAAUGAUAAUCAACUGUGGGAAAGCUCCCACUUACAGAGAAAACGCCUCGGUCAGAACACACCAGAGACUUCACAAUAGGGAAAAUUCCUAUGAAUGUAAGGAAUGUGGGAAGGCCUUUAGUCGUGGCUAUCAGCUUACUCAACAUCAGAAGAUUCACACUGGCGAGAAACCCUAUGAAUGUAAAGAAUGUAAAAAGGCCUUCCGUUGGGGUAAUCAACUUACCCAACACCAGAAAAUCCACACUGGCGAGAAACCUUAUGAAUGUAAGGACUGCGGGAAGGCCUUUCGAUGGGGUUCGAGCCUCGUUAUUCAUAAGAGAAUCCAUACGGGCGAGAAGCCCUAUGAGUGUAAAGACUGCGGGAAGGCCUUUAGGCGUGGCGAUGAGCUCACUCAGCAUCAGAGAUUCCACACCGGUGAGAAAGACUAUGAGUGUAAAGACUGUGGCAAGACCUUUAGCCGUGUGUAUAAGCUGAUUCAGCAUAAGAGGAUUCACAGUGGUGAGAAACCCUAUGAAUGUAAGGACUGUGGAAAGGCCUUUAUUUGUGGUUCGAGCCUCGUUCAACAUAAGAGAAUUCAUACCGGUGAGAAGCCCUAUGAGUGUCAAGAAUGUGGCAAGGCCUUUACUCGCGUCAAUUAUCUCACUCAGCAUCAGAAAAUCCACACUGGCGAGAAGCCUCACGAAUGUAAGGAAUGUGGGAAGGCCUUCCGCUGGGGUUCGAGUCUCGUGAAACACGAGAGAAUCCAUACAGGUGAGAAGCCAUAUAAAUGUGCAGAGUGUGGGAAGGCCUUCAACUGUGGCUAUCACCUUACUCAGCACGAGAGAAUUCACACUGGCGAAACACCUUACAAGUGUAAGGAAUGUGGGAAGGCCUUUAUUUAUGGGUCCAGCCUUGUCAAACACGAGAGGAUUCACACAGGGGAGAAACCCUAUGGAUGUAAAGAAUGCGGGAAGGCCUUCAGUCAUGGCCAUCAGCUUACACAGCAUCAGAAGAUUCAUACCGGUGAGAAACCCUCCGCGUGUAAGGAAUGUGGAAAGGCAUGUAAUCACACAAACCACCUUCAGGAACAUCAGAGACUUCAUACUGUUGAAAAACCUUUUGCGUACAAAGAACGCACGGUGGCCUCUGUCCAGCAUUCAUUUCUUCCACAACAUGAGGAAAAUUUGUGAUAAAAUGUAACAUAACAAAGCCUUUACUGGUCGCCUUCCUGCUUGUAGAGUACCAGAAGUCAUAUCAGAGGUGAAUUUGGAGAACGGAGAAGUGGCCUUUUCUUGUUGAUCACAGCAUAAUCAGUUGUAGUGACUUUUUACUGGAUAGGUUAGUUUAAUGAAUGCAUAGAAACUGUCCGGUACCAUUUCAUCUCUAUCAUAGUUCAGGUUUAUUCUAGGGUAAAACUCUGCUGAUGGAACAUAAGUGGGAGAGCCUUUCCUCGUGGUACAAUCCCUACCUGUUGUCAUCACUGUCCCACCUCUUUACUCCCUGAGACCUGGGGAAAUUAGCUGUUACCCCUGUGCAUUGUGAAGUGGGGCUAAUCACACCUACCUAAUACUGCUGUUGUGGUGAUUAAAUGAGUUUGGUACCUGUACACUUGUUGAAUGUGUAUCUGGAGUAUUUUGUAAGCUCAAUAAAUACUAGCUGUUGUUGUUCUCAUUA